CGUACUUUCCUUUUUUAAUCUGCCGCGUCUCUGUUUACACGUGCUUUUUAACACGUGUUAAACAUUGUUUAUCUUUUACAAUCAUUUAUACAAAUUUUAGAAUCAUGUCUCUUAAAAAUCUGAUUUGCAUUACCCUUAGGAAUACCAUGAUGCAUUUAGUAACGUGACAUAAGUUUUAUUAAAGUAAUAUCGCUGUAUUAACGCACAUCACAACUGGCAAUAUUAUGGAGCCAUUCUCUUCAGACGUUUUGUGGAUUCUCAUAUUGGGCUUCAUCGUUGGAUUCUUCUUAGCUUUUGGCGUAGGGGCUAAUGAUGUUGCAAAUUCAUUCGGUACAUCUGUUGGCUCAAAAGCUCUUACACUGAGACAAGCAUGCAUCCUUGCUACAAUAUUUGAAAUAAUGGGAUCUGUGUUAAUGGGUUAUAAAGUUUCAGAUACUGUAAGGAAAGGAAUAUUUGACGUUGAGAUAUUUUCUGAAUUUGAAAAAGAGCUUAUGUUGGGUUUCUUAGCAUCAUUAAUUGGUAGUGCAACAUGGAACAUAGUUGCUACAUUCUUCCGCUGGCCCAUAUCUGGAACUCACAGUAUAAUUGGUGCUGUGGUUGGUUUUGCAGUUGUUGCACGUGGUUUCAUGGGAAUUAAAUGGAAAAUGCUUGGCAAAAUUGUGGCAUCCUGGUUUUUGUCCCCGGUUCUUUCUGGCCUCAUUUCUUCUGCAAUUUUUUUGCUGGUGAAGAAAUUAAUUCUUAGUAAGGAUAAUGCCAUUGAUCGAGGAUACUAUUCUCUUCCAUUCUUCUGGGGCAUUACUGUUUUCCUUAAUUUAUUUUCUGUUAUUCAUGGUGGACCACAUUAUCUUGGCUUUGAUGUUAUACCUGCCUGGGGAGUUCUAAUUUUAGCUGGAGGUAUUGGUCUAAUAUUUGGUGUUUGUGUUUGGUAUAUACUUGUGCCUUAUCUUCAACAUUCAGCUGCAAGUAUUGGAGAUAGUGAAAGUAGUGAAAAUCAAAUUGAUCGAGAUGAUUUACCCACAAAGAUUCCAUAUCCAGAAGCUGAAAAUCCAGGAUUUGAGGAAAAUGGACAUGAAAUUCCUUUGGGAAAGGUAUCAAGUAGUUAUAGCUUAGAUAUGACUACAAGUAAUAAUACAUCUGUUUCUACCCUUCAGGAAGAUCUAAAUAAAAAAAUUGAUAAAGGAAGUCGUGAUGACAUAUCUGAUGUCGAUAAACCUGAAACAUUUCGUAUAUUUUCAUCUCUACAAAUUUUGACUGCUGUAUUUGCUUCAUUUGCUCAUGGAGCAAAUGAUGUCAGUAAUGCCAUUGGUCCAGUUAUAGGAAUUUGGUUGAUUUAUCAGGAUGGAAAUGUAGCACAGAAGGAAGAGUCUCCAUUCUGGAUCAUGUUGUACGGUGGUUUUGGUAUUAGUGUUGGUUUAUGGCUUUGGGGACAAAAGGUCAUCCGAACAAUUGGAGAAGAUUUGACUAAAAUUACUCCAUCCAGUGGUUUCUGCAUUGAAAUUGGUGCAGCUGCAACCGUUCUUAUGGCUUCAAAGAUUGGCUUGCCCAUCAGUACAACCCAUUGCAAAGUGGGUUCCAUCGUAUUUGUGGGCUGGACUCGCUCUAAAGCAGCAGUAGACUGGAAGUUAUUCCGAUCCAUCGUUUUGGCGUGGGUUCUAACAUUACCAAUUUCUGGUGCCCUGUCAGCUGCUGCUAUGGCUAUAUUGACAGCAGUUGCAAGUUAACAUCUGUGUAACUUUUGUAUGGCAUCAAUUUGUAAAAAAUCUCUUUUUGUACCAAAACCAUUUGAUGGUUUAUGGUACAAAAUAGAUGUAUAGGGAGACAUGUUUUUUAAAAAUCUCAUCAUCCGCUGCUAAACUUUGCAGAUGAGGCGCUAUUUAAGUUUCUUUUCGCAUCUGUUUUAUUUCUCUCAUCAACACAUAGUUCAACGUACUUUGACACUUUUAUAAGUAUAGAUGAGGAAGGAUGUUUGCUUGUUUUCAGUUUGGAUAUCAUAUGUACUUAGCCAAAUUUAAAAAUGGGCUAAAAUUCUCAAAAUUCCUGUUUGGGUUGGUGGGUUUUAUUUAUGACAAAAUUCAUGUUGAGGUUUUCUAGUCAUUUGUUAUGUGCUUUUAUCCCGGUUAGAAUUUUAUAAAAAGUUUUUUUUAUAUAGUAUAAAUGUGAAUGUUUAUGAAGAAAGGUCUUUUUCACCAAGAUUUUAUAAGUAUUAUGAACUGAAAACAAUUUAUAGUAGUAUUUAUUAUAUCUUAAAUUACUAAUAGUAUCAGUGACAACAAAAUUUAAUUUUUAUAUUAUUGUCAUGAGCAUUUUGACCAAUUUUUUUUAAAAAAAAUUUAUGAAGAGCUUUGGUGCUAUAGUUAAAUGUCUGGUUGAAAAUUUCACUUGCAAUGAAUAAUUUUUAAUAAAUUAUUUUGGACACAUGUAUUUUAAUAAUUUUAUAUUCUCAACCUUCAGUGUAAAGAUGAUACUGCAAUAUUAAAGAAUUCCAUUUUAAUGCCUUUAAUAACUACAUCAACCAUUUCUGUUUCUUUAGAAUAUUAUUUUGUUCAUUUUUGUACAUAUGCAUAAAUUUAAUUCCUUGGGUAAUGGGAUUAGAUAAGUAAAUGUAAAUGUGUAUUGUCUUCAGUUAUUUCUGUAAUAUAACUUUUUAGGAGAGUGUGUUUACUCUGAGUUGUAACUUAUGGAAUGUAUUUAACUAAGCAAUGAAAUCAGAUGAAAAAAAAGAAAAAGCCAGAGUAACACUGUGCUUGUUAAUUGUGAUAGAUAAGUUUUUUUUAGUCAAAAUUAUAAAUAUUUUUGGAAAUAAAAUUUUGUUUUUCUCUUUCUCA